AUGGCACCCGAAGUUUACCGACGUCGAGCGAGUGCUACAGCGGUGCCAGCGGACAGACAAAACGAAGCGUGCCAGGUGUCAGAGUUCUACAAUGAUCGGGAAGUGCUCAUCACAGGUGGAACAGGAUUCGUCGGGAAGGUUCUCCUGGAAAAACUUCUGCGAUCUUGUUCCGGACUGAAGAGGGUUUACCUACUCAUGCGCGGCAAGAAAGGGCGAGGACCACAAUCGAGGCUCGAGGAAAUGUUCGACUGUCGGGUUUUCGAUCGCCUGAAGCAAGAGCAGCCAGGAAUUUUUGAAAAAGUGACGGCAGUUUCCGGAGACCUGGCUCAGCCACACCUAGGGCUAAGUGUAUCCGAUCGGAACACCUUACUAGGCAAUGUCUCUGUCGUAUUCCACUCAGGGGCAGCGAUAAAGUUCAACGAACCUUUCAGAAAAGCAUAUGAAGUCAAUGUAUUGGGUACGAAACGAGUUAUGGACCUCUGUAGGCAAAUGUCAAACAUUCAAGCUCUUGUUCACGUGUCGACAUCAUAUUGCAACUGUGACAAGCUAGAUGCCCACGAAGUGAUAUACCCACCGGAUGAAGAGCUCCAAAAGUUUAUCGAAGAUUGUCAAACGUCGGCACCCGAAGAUUUAACAGGCACUACGAAAGGCUUGUUCGGGCAUCCAAACACGUACACUCUGUCCAAGAGCUUGGCAGAAUCACUGCUUAUAGAGGAACGGGGACACCUCCCUGUAGUCAUCGUGCGGCCCUCCACCAUCACCGCGUCACUAAGAGAGCCGCUUCCGGGCUGGGUAGACAAUUUCAGUGGCGUCACCGGAAUCACCGUGACGGUGAGUACUGACCGAAGUUUAGACUACAUUCUACAACGACGGUUCAACGCUUACUCCUGCUACAGACCCACUUACGUCAAAGCGUACCACUGCACGAGCGGCAGCCUGAAGCAACAAACAUGGGGUGAGCUGGUGGACGCGAUGCAGAGGGCCGUCUUGAAAUACCCACUGCCAAAUACUCUCUGCUACCCAAAGAUAUCGGUCACCAAAAGCCACCUGUGGUACGACAUCAACAUGUACUGCAAGCGUCUCGUGCCUGCACGUGCCACAGACAUGGUCCUGCAGCUAAUGAGAAGAGAGCCAAGAUUCGUGCAGCUUCACGAAAAGGUUCGGAAGAGCAUGGGUGCUGCACAGUACUUCGUGACUCACGGAUGGCUCUUCAGAACGAACAAUAUCGUCAAGCUUAUGCAUGACCUAUCUCUCAAGGAUAAACAGACGUUCAAUAUCGACAUGAGGAGUGUGGACUGGUAUCCGUAUUGGGACCAAUGUUUGCUAGGAAUUCGCAAGUACCUAUUCAAGGCCGAAGAUUCGGAGCUACCAAAAGCACGGAAACAGCUGACGCGGCUCUACGCCCGGCGCUUGUCCCUUAAGGUGCUCAUGGUUGCUCUAGCAUGUCCACUGCUGGCGACGCAGACAGCCUGUGACCUCGGCUCCACGGCGACGCUGCUUUGCCUGCAAGCAUGUGAAGCGCUGUCACACAUCGUAGACCUGCCGUCGAAACUGUAG